AUGUUGACCCCAACUCGUUCAGCUUUGCGAUUUAACUGGUUAAAGUCGAGGAAUUAUGGAUUUCGCCAUAAUUCAUCUUAUCCCGUGAACCAAUUCGCUGAAUUAGCCCGCCGUCCCUCCUCUUUACACCAAAUCUACACAUCUCUAUCCACAGACCCCUACGUGAACCUAUCAAUCGAGCACUUCCUCCUCCAACAUGCCCCAGACGAAUCAAGCGUUUUAUUCCUCUACGCCAAUCGACCAUGUGUAGUCAUUGGGCGCAAUCAGAACCCAUGGUUAGAGACAGAUCUCCGCGCCCUCCACAAUGACCGGAAUGGCGCAGCUGGAGAGGAAGAGGCUGUCUUCGUGCGCCGACGAUCCGGUGGCGGAGCUGUCUUCCAUGACGAGGGAAACUUGAACUAUAGUGUUAUAUCUCCGCGGACCUCCUUCACCCGCGAUAAACACGCAGAGAUGGUCGUGCGCGCUCUUCAUGGCGUUGGGGCUACAAAUACCAGUGUCAAUGAGCGACAUGAUAUUGUCAUGGCUCGGACCAAAGCCCUAGAAGAGUAUCCCGAUGAGCCUCCCACGCGCAAGGUCUCUGGUUCUGCGUUCAAGCUCACUCGGCACCGAGCCCUUCAUCACGGUACUUGUUUGCUUGAUUCGCCGAAUAUCAAUGAUCUCGGGAAGUACUUGCGGUCAUCGGCUCGUGGGUAUAUCCAAGCCAAGGGUGUUGAAAGUGUUCGGUCUCCAGUGGGGAAUGUGUCGGCUGCGCUUGCCGACUCGUUCUUUUCCAUGCAGGGCGUGGUCGCGGGCAUCAUUGAGCAAUUUGGCCGACUCUACGGGGUAAAUCCCGAUGCUGUUCGCAGGGCGCAACGAGCCCAUGCCAAUGAGCCUGAGGUCUUUGCGGGCGAUGAUUGGGUUGCGGGUACGGUGAGCGAAGUGCAGAGCGAGCAGGAACCUGAUAUUGCGAAGGGAAUCGCUGAACUGAGGUCGUUGGAGUGGAAGUAUACUCAAACACCACGGUUCACCUUCUCGACGUACCCCAUCGAAGAGGAUCCUCGUGAAAGGCCGCCAUUGCCUCCGUCGCUACCUUCAAGUACUCGCGCUUUUCUUCGCCUGCAACACGGCGCUGUUGUCGAAAGCCAUAUCUCCGUUUCAUCUGACGAGUCCACCGCCUCUGACCAAGCCAGUCGCGUUCAUGCAGUACUGAACGGACAGAAUUUACAUGAGCUUACCUUGGCACGGUGGUCCGAGAUCCUGAAACAGGGUCUCGGUGGGACGGAAGGUGUUGAUGACCCUCAAGUCAAAGAACUGGCCCGUUUCUUAGGUGGACUGUUGGGUGGUUGA